AUUCUGAAAGAUAAACACGAAAGUAUUUUUGUAAAACGCAGAUGAAGAAAAUAAUUUAAAAAAUAUUAUUAUCAUUAUUAUAAAGGACUGAAAAUGUGAAUUAAUUAAUCAAAUAUGGAAUUGACUGUGUUGCUAUUGUUGGGAUAUAUUUUUUAUGAAUGUAGAGGACUUCAAGUUUCCCUUUCAAAUCAGUAUUACGGAAACUUGAAAAUAGACGGAAGUUUUGUUUGUGGUGGAGAAAAUGUUUUCUCGUACAAAGAGGCCACCAUGCUUUGUCGCCAUCUUGGUUUCUCUGGAGGUGUACCAUUGCCCCCUGGCAAGAUGGAGGUAUCGUUUCCAAUAGGAAUAAGAUGCUCUGGUAAUGAAUCUUCAGUAAGUCAGUGCAAUACCUCGAAUUUACUUUGUCCGUCCGUCAGUCCAUGGGACGAUGAGAAGACUGGAGUAGCACGAAUUCUUUGCUAUCAAAAUGGCGGGAAAAGUGAAGGAAGAGUGAAUCUUAAAUCAGGUCUUGGCCGGGUGACUGUAAGUCAGUUUGGACUAAGUGCUUCCGUUUGCGCAGACUCGUGGACAGAUGUAGAGGCUUCCGUUACUUGUAAAAUGUUCGGUUUUAAUGAUGGAAUAGCGUUUGAUAUAAACAAGAGUGCUCGAGAUGAAUUCGUCCUCUUCGGUAAAGUCACGUGUUUUGGAAACGAGUCGUCAUUUUUCGAUUGUUACUCACAGGGUACAGAAUGCAGAGAAUCAUACGCCGUAAAUGCAGGGGUCCUCUGUUAUAACAAAUACGCACCAUAUAUUCAGUUUAAUGGGGAAAUGGGACUGUAUGAACUGGUGAUUGACAACUACACAGUGAUGUAUUGCUCUCAAACGCACUUCUAUCCUCCAAGUGUGCAUGCGCCACAUACAGACAACCCUGCUAAUACUAUCCCGUGUGGAAACAUCGUUAUUUUAGAUCACAAAAUAAGAAAAACGACCGACAGUAAUGGAGUCUCAUUUCCUUUGCGAAAACUCUGCAAAGCACAAGCCGCACCUACAUAUAAUUGUAAUGGAGGCUGGAAAUACAGUUCCGAAUGGAAAAAGAAGCACCCCGAAAGUUUUAUGUGCGGGAAACCUUGGGUUUCUUCUGGAACUUUGUUUACGUGCUAAUACUACUCAGUCAGAAGACAUAUUAUGAAUGUACAUAAUCAUAAUUGCAUUAAUUAAAUUUAUAUUAA